AUUGAAUAAAAUGUAUCUUAUAAGCUUUGGCCGGUUUCAUUCAUAAAAACCAAUUGUGUACUCAUCUCGUGCUUCAGUUGUGUUCGAACUAGCUAACGUGACGGUCUAACCAACUACCUACACUAAAUAUAUAGAUAUAUACACUCUCUAAUCUUAAUAUUAUACUCUAACCAGAAGAAGAAAAAGAUAAAAUAAUUCAAAUCAGACACUCCGAGUUAAAUAAGAAAAAUAUUUUAAUUGAAAUAUUUUUUUUUGAAGAAAGCAAAUAAAUUAAUAGAAAAUAAAAGCAAGAAACAAAUGUGAACUGUCAAAUCUGUUUAAAAGUAUCCCAAAGAUAUUAUCAAUGUUUAAUAAAAAUUUAUUUGAAAAAAUAAAACAAAAAAGUAAAAAACAAAAAUAAAAGUGAAAAUUUAAAGAAAAAUCAAAUUGGAUUAAAACAAAUAAGAAAGUGUUGAUCGAGGAAAUGUAUCUUUAAGAUAUUUUCGCAACAAAAAGUGAAAAAUUCAAGAAAAUUUCUUAACAAAAGGAUUAAUUUUACCAACAGCUGAAGCUGUUCAUGUUAAAAGAAAUCAUAAACCCUAAACUCAACUACUAAAAAAAUACUUUUUUAUGAAUGAAUUUUUGUAGUCAUUUGUGAGAAACAAAAAAAAAGCUCUCUAAAAAAACUUUGUGACGUAUUUUAUUUUGUGCAAAAAAAAAGAAGAAUAAAAUAAAACAUUAUUAUAUCUACAAAUAUAUAUAUGUAUAUAAAGAAAAAUAUUUGCAUUAUAUAUACUUUUUAUCGAUUUAUUUAGUUGUGUGCUCUUACGUCUAUUUUGAGCUUAAAAUUUAUACACAAAGAAAAAAACUAAAAAAGAUACAUUUUGGUGCAAAAUAAACAAAAUCAUAAAUUAUAUUUUAGUGUUUUUUGCCGCAACGAAAAACACUAAUUUAAAUUAAAUAUAUAAAGUAAAAAAUAUAUAUAAAUAACUAUAAAUUAACUAAAAUUUUUAAAACAACAUUUUAAAUGUUUGUGCUAUUAAACAGUGUUACCCUUUACAAAGAAAUCGCAUUUUAAAUAAAAAAAUUGUGAUUUCUUUUUUCCGGCUAACAAACUAUUUUCAACUUUUGGCUGAUCUUUCUUCUGCACGUGCCAAUUAUAUCCAGGUGGCGUAGCCCCUGGAACCCCAUCAGCGGCCAUGAUCAUGGAAGGGCUUGAAACCCUAGUGGCGCCAUCGCAUCACACUUUUCUACUCACCGAAUCAGCGGCAGCGGCGCAUUUCAAUGUUUUAAGUUUUGACACAUGCCUCUUUAAGACCACCGCUCAGACGAGUCCCUCCACAGCGGUGUCUUCCGGAGCUACAUAUCUCACCACACCCUCGUCCUUUGGCGGAGGACAUUUGGGUUCUCAGACCCUAUUGCAUUACAAUCUCUCCACAGCAUCACCCUCAUCGUCGGCAGCCGAAUCAUUGCCCGCCACAGCAUCAACAACCGCCUCGUCCUCGCUUAGCAGUAUCUCAACAUCGAAUUCAGCAUUAUCACGUCAUUAUACAAACGCACGUUUGGGUUCCAUUUCAGUGUCAGCUGAAACUCAACAGCAACAUCAUCAGCAACAACAGAACUCUCCUCUGCAACAUAAUAGUCCUUCGAUCGCCAGUGCUGCUGUUAGUAUUAAUACGGCUGGCACCACUACAACAAGUGGUCGUAGCUCGGCUUCACAUUUAAGUCUAUUGAAUACCACCCAACAUAGUCCGGUGGGUGGUGCCAGUGUAUCGUCGGUAGGCGAUAGCAUAGAUAUUAAACAUUCGCACAUUGAGGCUCAACAAGGAGAUUUAAAUACACCCGUCACCACUUCAAGUGAUAUACCCUCAUUUUUUGGUCCUUCGACCGUUGUCGAACCACCACCAAUAACAGGUUCUAUUGAAUCUGAAGAUUUGUCGUUGGAACCUCAGUCAGUGGCCAGUCCGGUAUUGUGCAGUCCAUUGAAGGAGGAACGUAGUACCCCGCCCACAUUGACAAUUGUUAAGGAAGAAACAAGUAAUAAUAGUUGUACCAUGUAUCCUACAUCCACCACUACCACACACCAACAACUAAGUCAGACAACAACACCAACAACGACAACAACAUUAGGGACAAAUAAUACAAAUACAACACAAAGCAAUACACCCUUACACCAUCAUCACCAACAACAACAGCAACAACACCAUCACACACAACAACAUCAUCAACAACAGCAACAACACCUGCAAACUGGACAACAAUCACCACAACAUCUUGAACUAGAACAACAACACCAGCAACACUAUCAUGACCAACAACAAAACCAAAUAUAUCAAAAUCACUUACACCAACAGCAACAACAACUGCAACAGCAGCAACAUCAACACAAUCACCACCUACAACACCAACAACACUAUCAACAGCAACAACAACACCAAACACACGCCCAACAUCAUCACAAUCACCAUCAUCACCACCACCAUCAUCAUCCCUAUCAACAGCAACAACAAUCCCAGCAUGCAAACAAUAAUAAUACAAGUAGUAGUAGUGGUAAAAUAUCAUAUCGUGGCAUUUUUACUACCACAGGUAAUACCACCAUGAGUGGUCUAAAUACAUCUGCUGCUAGCGUUCAACAACAGCAGCAUCAGCAGCAGCAACAACAACAACAGCAGCAGCAUUCGCAACAUCAGCAACAACAACAGCAGCAUCAAACACAAAUGCAUUCACCUUCUUUAACGGUAUUGCCUGGUCCUAUGUCUCCUCCUUCCGCCGGUUUGGGCAAUAGUUGGAGUCUGCCCAGUCCUGACAAGACUCUAUUCCAGCCUCCCAUGUUUAGUCUUUUGGGUCCGGGACCUCAAAAUGCUGUAGCCACCCAAGCUCACUAUGCCACACAACAUCAAGCCACCAUUCCCGCCUCUACACCCUCUCCAUCUGCUCAUCAUAUGCAUGCUGCAGCAGCGGCCUAUGAAGACUCGCGCCAUGUAGAGUUAUUGGGCCUCCAAAUGGACUGUUCACCCAUUUUACUUAAGCAAGCUGCCCCUCCCAGUUAUGGCAGCUCCAGCACAUUUACCACCUUGGCCGAUAUGCAACAAGCUCAAAAUUCCCACGAUUUACAACAAUAUCGCCAGCAAAUGGGUGUAUCGACACCCAAAUAUCAGUGGUUAGAUUCUCCAGCUGAAUACGCAGCUGGUAGCCAGCAAACCGCUACAUUGGUCUUGCCCGGACCUUCGUCUGCCUCCUCUAGUACUGCCCUGGGAGGCGGGAUCAUACCCAAGCAGGAGGCAUAUGCUGAACCUACUCACACACCCACUCAUCACAUGCAAACGACUCCCUCCGCCUCGGCAUCUGGAUCUCAAACAGGUUAUUCGGUCGUCCAACUAGCUGAAUAUUCUCCCUCCACCAGCAAGGGUCAUGAGAUUUUAUCUCAAGUCUAUCAACAAAGUGCCAUGCCCUUGAAACUAGUCCCAGUUAAGCCACGUAAAUAUCCCAACCGUCCCAGUAAGACGCCCGUACACGAGAGGCCCUAUGCCUGCCCGGUGGAGAACUGCGAUAGACGAUUCUCAAGAUCAGAUGAACUCACCCGCCAUAUACGUAUUCAUACCGGUCAAAAACCAUUCCAAUGUCGCAUAUGCAUGCGUUCCUUUAGUCGCUCAGAUCAUUUGACCACACACAUACGCACCCAUACUGGAGAGAAACCAUUUUCUUGCGAUAUCUGUGGCCGUAAAUUUGCUCGUUCCGAUGAAAAGAAAAGACAUGCCAAGGUCCAUCUUAAGCAAAGAGUGAAAAAAGAGAAAUUGAGUCAACAACAGCAGCAGCAACAACAACAACAAAUGCAGCUACAGCAAACGGCAGCUCAGCAACAACAUCACCAGCAGCAGCAACAGCAACAUGUUCAUGCUCAUCACCAGUCCGCGGCUCAUGCCCAUAUGCUUCAUUCCUCCGAUAUUUCUAUAGUAUCAUCGAGUGCUACUAGUUUGUAGGUAGAAAAGAAAUCAUCAUUGCUGGAAUCCUAUAGAAUAAAAAGACUACCACCACUGCUGCAGCCAGAUGUUAACACAGUAUGGCAUUCUCCCCUCUCACCCACUACGCCCCUCGAUACUAUGCCCACAUCAGAGUUAUCACUUAAGAGAGACAACCGCAAACAAUUUGACUUUGAAACCGAUUUUCUGCUCAACUCAUCGGACAGUUCUGAAAUGCUGGAGGCCCACAAUGACAAAGCUACCAAUACUAUUCUCCCUAAUCCUAGUUCCUCCUUAAAAAUGGAAUUGGAUUCGGAACAAGAUUCUCACGAAGAUGAAGAGAAUAAUUGUGAAUUUUUCAUAAGCGAAUUGCUAGAGCCCAACGAGGCUAGAAGAAGUACCUAUACUGUCAAGGAUAAUCAAAUAACUUUAGUAAGUGGUGGUCAACAAACUGAGGGUAACAGUAAUCAUGAAAUGGUUAUAUUGUUCCUUACCGAAUAAGUUGGAGAAGUUCAUGACUAAAAAACAUAACAGUUAAUGAUAAAAGACAAUAAAACAAACUAAGAAAA